AUGGAUGAUCUAAGUAAUGAGCCCUGGCAAGCUUAUUCAGACAAUGCUAGGAAGGAGGCUAUGGACGGGAGCAAAGAAGCGAGGCCCAUGCAAUGGCCGGAUGUUCGAGUGCAGUUGGAUACCCCCUUUGGCCGUCUGUCCUCUCUUGCCGAUCACUUCUGGGCUGGAUUGGUCCAGAUUCAGGCACCACUGCCACUUGUCAGUCGGCUGAUGGGCCAAGGACGAGGGACUGGCUGCAGAGAGAGGAGAGAGACGCAAGGGGUGUGUCGGACACCGUACUACGGUGAGUGCAACCGGUUUGCACAAAAAGCAGGGUCGGCAAGGCAUUAUACAUACAUUCUACGCUCCCUACGAAUUACCUUGAUUACCUUGUGCUUGCAUUUUCUGGCCAGCCAACAACCGCUCGCCGGCUCUGAGCUGGUGGGCAUUGCCGGUGAAAACAGGGCAGACAAGUUUGUGACGUGCCCCGGGAAUAAGAAUAGACCAGAAAAGGAUAAACCCCUGAGGCGACGCGGCCGGCAAACUCUCGGUGUUCCCAACCGUAACGACCGCCCCCAGCAGUGA